AUGACAACGGUCUACGUCAACGGAAACGUCUACACAGUCGAUCCUACCGCCCCGUGGGUCGAGGCAUUCGCCGUCAACGAAGAUGGCACCUUUGUUGGCAAAAGAGGUCGGGGUCCAGUCGUCGACCUCAAGGGGCAGUUCGUCAUGCCAGGCAUGCACGACGCGCAUUGUCACUUGCUCGUGGCGUCGCAGGAGAAGCUGUUCGAAGCCAAGCUCGGUCUGGAUUCUGGCCCGGAGCAGACGGUGAAGAAAUUGAGGGACUACUCCUCGUCGUGUCAGCACUUGGAGACAGUCGGCAAUUGGCUGAUUGGCAACUUCUACCACUGGCGCAACUUCAAGGACAAGAAGCCCGACCGAAAGUUUCUCGACGACGCGUUUGGCGACCAGCCCGUGGUCAUCCGCGAGUACACCACGCACAACAUCUUUGCCAACACCGCAGCCCUCAAGGCGGCGGGGUAUGAGGAGAACCCUGAAGAUCCUUGGGACGGAUACUACGUCCGUCGCGAAGACGGAACCAUCACCGGCGAGUUGGUCGAGGGGGCGGCCAAGAGGAUGUGGGCUUCAAUUCCCAAGGGCACGCCGGAGUCGCAUGUGGAGGCCCUCGAGUAUGGAGUCAAGAUGGCCAACCGUUUCGGCUUCACGGCCGUGCAGGAAGCAUCAGCCAACGCCGUGUACCUCGAAGCGGCGAAGAAGCUGGAUGAGGCAGGCAAGAUGACGAUCAACCUGGAUGCACAUGUUGUGUUCUGGGGUGCUGCCUUCUCGCAAGAGGUCCCCGAAACCCUGAUCCACAGCAUCAACGGGGCCUACCGUUAUCAGACGAAACACUUCAACCCGAACUUUGUCAAGUUCUGGCUGGACGGCGUCCCCUGGGAACCCCACCUGACGCACUGCCCGCUCGCCGACGACGGCAAGCCUGACUACCACAAGAUUCUCGUGCCACCCAAGAUCUUUGCGGACGCAAUUGAGCGGUUCGACAAGGAGGACGGACGUGCAAGGUUCACGUGUGCGGCCAGGGCUCCGCCCGGUUCGCGCUUGACUGUUUCGAGGAGAUGCGGAGCCGCCGACCCAACGGUCCGAAGCAUGAACUCGCCCACAACAUGGAUGUCCACCCAGACGAUUUUGGGCGGUACAAGGAGCUCGGCAUCACGGCAGAGAUGA